GCCAAGAGAGUUCCAUAUAAAUGCCCGUGCAGACAUAUUGGCAGCCACAGAUGAGCACCAAGAUGAUGUUGAACAAUACGCUGAUCUUGUUACUUACAUUGGCCGGCUGCAGCUGGCUGCAGUGCGUCCGGGCGCAGGCGCAAACGCCGGGCUUCGAUCUGAGUCGUCUGUUUGGUGCGCGCAGCAAUGAGCCGCUCUCCAAGCUGCUCGAUCGCAAUUUGCCCGAGGUGCAGCAGAUGAUUGAGCACACCAAAAGGAGCUGCCUGAAGAAGCUGCAGAUGUCGCCGUCGCAGCGAUCGCUAAUACGCGAGCCGCGCCCCACCGAGCAGGAGAAGUGCCUGGUCGAGUGCGUCCUCAAGGGCAUUCAAAUUAUGGACAGCAGCAGCAACAAGCUGAACCUGCGUCGCGUCCAGGAGCUGACCAGCCAGGUCACCGAUGACAACAAGCUGGCCGUCACGCUGAGCUGCAGCCUGGCCCAGAGCUGCAAUCGGGCCGUCAGCGCCCAGGAUCCCUGCGAGGCGGCACAUCAGCUAAACCAGUGCAUCGGCCGGCAAAUGUUGCGCAACGGCGUCAAGCUGAGCUGGUGACCA